GCAAGUGAAACCAUCGCAAAGCGCGAAGUGACAGUUUAGAAUAAAACGCAACAUUUCACAACAUUUCGGAAAAGUCGAGUUCUUUUCAAGCAAAAUGCAGUUUAUCGCGCUGAAACUAAAAUUAAAUUCUCAACAAUUUCUACUCGUGACACUACUGCUCAUAACGACUACUCUCAACUCUGACGGCUAUGGUCACCAGCAGACGGCAACACAACAACAUAAUGGUUAUAUAUAUGGGCCUCCCCCACCUCCACCAUUUGUUAACGUACCUCGUGCGCUGCAAACGUCCGCACCUACUGGCGUUCAAGUGCCUGUUUUGACAGCUGUGGUGCGCCCACUUGGACCUCCGGGAAGGAAUUACGAAGUGAGACUCUCUCAACCGAAUCAUCACAACUUAUUACACAGGCAACCACCCCCACAAGCAACUAUAAAUGGACCCUCCCUUUAUUAUACCAACAAUUACCAACCAGUCAACUCCGGCUCGAGAUAUGCGCCGACAGCAUUACCAUCGCAAACGAGGCCACACCAGCAAGCUUUUCGUGGUGCCGCUGAUCAGCAAUACAGCAACAAUGCUGCUGGUUCCGCCAUUUCGAACACACCACAUCAGAAUCCGCUACUGACACCGCAAAAUGGGCAACCAGCACCACCUCCCGCCUCCUUAACGCCUGUACCUACGCCGCAACUGUCACAAUCAUUUUCGAAUCAAGGUAACCAGCAAAAUAACGGUAAUUCGCAGCUGACACCACAGUAUGCACAACCAGCGUCACCUCCCUCCGGUUUUACACCUACGCCGCAACAGUCACAAUCCUUUGCGAACGCCGGCAAUCAACCACCACUUGGAACUCAACAAAGUAAUGGCGCUGGCACCAAUGGUAACGCGCCUAAUUUUGCCGCCACCACUGCCGACAAUGGCUUGUUGGGCAAUUACAUUUCGCAAUCAGAAGUCGGUCGAUUGGACUAUUACUUGGAGAAACAGAAUCCCGUGGGCGACACACGCGCCUAUACUCGUCUCAUCAACACCUGCUAUUCCGAUGGCCAUUGUGAUCAGCAGCAGCUACUGGGCGCCGGUGAGACACAUCAGAGACAGCAGCAAGUAGUAUUAAACGCGCGAGCACGUACACAACCAAUAUCGGAUAAGUGCCGCGCCCUGGGCAAUUCGGGCGCUAUGCCGGCAAUAACUGCUGGAUCCGUUAGCGUAGGAAAUCCUGCGCUUAACUCGGCGAAUCGUCCACCAAAUCGUCGACUCUAUCAAUAUACAGAAGUUGUGAUACCGCAAGAUCCAUUCAACUGAAAAAAACAUAACAACCAAAUUUGUUGUUAAUUUCUUUGUGUAUACCAAGAAAAUAUAUGUAUUCGUGAACGUUUUGUUUGUGAAAAGGUCAGUGUCUACAUUAUUUUAAGUUUUGUUUAACAUUUAUUUCAA